AUGACUGACGGUCGGACUGAAAGUGCCUCAGGGUCGCAGUCUCGAAGGAGGCCGAAUUUCUCUACGCGAACGGCCGAAGAGGACGUUUCUAGACUGGAUCCCAGCGAAUCUGCCCAUGCAUCUCCCGAGGAAGGUAGUAGCAAGUAUCUCCACUGGAAAACCGCUUUAUCGUUCCGUCCGCCAGAGCCUCUGAACUCGUCCCAUCAGUCACCAGAGGGCCGACAUCAGUCGUUACCGAAUGUCCUAGAUAAUGUUUCUCGUUGGUGGAGUGGGCGUGGGAGUAAUGGGAGGCAUGAUCUCCCCAGGGAGAGGAGCUCUCCCCAUCCCCCAGCCGCUGGGCCGUUCAGAGAGGCUGCUAUAAGCCAGAAGGAACGGGAUGGCCAGAAGGACCGCGCUUCUGAGAGCCCCAAUAAGCUUGGAACAUUCUCUGGUGUCUUUGUGCCGACUACUUUGAACGUCCUUAGUAUCCUGAUGUUCCUUCGCUUUGGGUUUGUCCUGGGACAAGCCGGUCUGUUAGGGAUGCUUGGUCUGCUGGUUAUUUCCUACACAAUUAAUCUCGUGACCACCAUGUCUCUAUCCGCUAUUGCAACCAAUGGAACGGUACGAGGAGGUGGUGCUUACUACCUGAUAUCUCGGUCGCUAGGUCCAGAAUUUGGUGGAUCUAUAGGGAUCGUGUUCUACCUGGGUUCUGUGUUAAACACUGGCAUGAACGCCGUCGGUCUUGUCGAUUGUUUCACCCAGAACUUCGGGACUGAGUCUGGUACUUGGGGCAAUUUCCUUGAAGAAGGCUUCUGGUGGCAGUACCUCUGGGGAACUUCCAUCCUGGUUAUGUGUACUGGAAUAUGCUUAGCGGGAAGCUCUCUGUUUUCCAGAGCUAGCAACGGGCUGCUUAUCAUUCUGCUCAUCGCGACUUUCAGCAUACCAGUGUCUGCCAUAUUCAUGAAGCCGUUCAGUAUCCCGAAGAAAGGGGUAGAAUUUACGGGAUUUCGGCUUCAGACGUUGCUAGAAAAUCUCAAACCCAAACUUACCAAGGGUGCUGCUGGUAGCCAAAUACGUGGACGAGAAAAUUUCCAGGACCUAUUUGGAAUUCUAUUCCCCGCUACUGGUGGUAUAUUCGCCGGCGCGAGCAUGUCUGGUGACCUAAAGAACCCCAGCCGAUCGAUUCCCAAGGGAACGUUGUAUGGGCUAGCUUUGACAUUCAUCACCUAUGCCAUCGUAAUUCUUGCCAUGGCUGCAUCUAUAACUCGUGAGUCAUUCUACAAGAAUGCCAACGUUGUUCAAGUUGCCAAUCUUUCCGGCGCGAUUAUCCUCAUGGGAGAAUUCGCGACAAGUUUCUUCUCAGCUUUGAUGGGUGUCAUUGGCUCCGCCAAGUUACUCCAAGCAGUUGCACGAGAUGCUCUGCUUCCUGGCCUGGGCUUCUUUGGCAAGGGUGCAAAGAAGACCGACGAACCAGUCUACGCGAUCAUUGUCACCUAUGUGGUCGCACAGCUCACAAUGCUAUUUGACAUCAAUCAAAUCGCGUCCUUCGUUACGAUGACUUAUCUGAUGACAUUUCUUGUGACCAAUCUGGCCUGCUUUCUUCUGAAGAUCGGAUCGGCGCCCAAUUUUCGCCCGUCUUUCCAUUAUUUCAACUGGAAAACCGCAGCAACGGGCACUUUGGUCUGCGGCGCAAGCAUGUUCUUCGUUGACGGGAUCUAUGCCACAGGCUGUGUUGGAAUAUUGAUGAUGCUAUUCCUGCUGAUUCACUAUACCUCACCUCCCAAGCCGUGGGGAGAUGUCAGCCAAGGGUUGAUCUAUCACCAAGUGCGCAAGUAUUUGCUCCGGCUUCGCCAAGAGCAUGUCAAGUUCUGGCGACCCCAAAUCCUGCUGUUCGUAAAUGACCUUAGUGAACAAUCCAGGAUGAUCUCAUUUUGUAACUCUCUGAAGAAAGGAGGGUUAUUUGUGCUGGGCCAUGUCCUCGUAACAGAUGAUUUCUCAGCCGCUGUACCAGAAGCCCGACGUCAGCAGACGGCUUGGACCAAAUUCGUUGAAAGCUCCAGAGUUAAGGCCUUUGUCAACAUUACAGUCUCUCCUACCGUCGAAUGGGGCGUUCGCAAUGUUACCUUGAGCGCUGGCUUGGGAGGUAUGAGGCCGAACAUUGUCAUCAUUGAUCAGUUCCGCAAAGGUAAAUCAUUGGCUGAGAGGCCACAGCUUUCGAUGCGGAGGGAAUCAACUGCAAGACGCGUCUCGCGCGACUUGGUGCCUGCGAUUUCCGAAGACGGCUCGCAGGAGCUUCCAAUGACCUCAAGGACCUAUGUGACCAUUCUAGAGGACCUGCUCUUCAAACUACGGAUGAAUGUUGCCGUGGCCAAGGGAUUUGAAGACCUCGAGCUUCCCGGUCCGCACGGGCAACAUCGGAAGAAGUACAUUGAUCUAUGGCCCAUUCAGAUGAGCGCCGAGCUCGGUGCAGAUAGCGAGAGCAAGAAAAAUGUCUUGACCACCAACUUCGACACGUAUACCCUCAUCUUACAGUUAGGGUGUAUCCUCAACACGGUGCCAUCAUGGAAAAAGACAUACAAGCUUCGGGUGGCUGUAUUCGUGGAGUAUGAAACUGACGUGGAGGAUGAGAGAGGCAGAGUCGAAGCACUCCUCGAAAAGCUAAGGAUUGAGGCCGAGGUUCUGGUUUUCUGGCUCGCAUGCGGCGACCUCAAGACAUACCGUAUCAUCGUCAAUGGCGAGAUUUCCCCGGAGACUGAGGAUCACGAAGCUCGAGUCCACGAAGCCUUGCGCGAUGAAGAGUGGUGGCAGGAAGUCCAAAAGGCUCGAAGUACGCAUGAAGCCCAGCACCGAGCCGAAGUAGGGAUCAAGAGGCCGAACAUACGGAUGCCUAGUUGGCCCUCGCAGAGUCCUGAAAGCGUCCAUAAACCAUCACAUCAGCUGGUUGGUGGACUGAAGAAAUUUAUGGAGUCCUCCAAGCGACGGCGAUCCAUAUCUAGCUUCAGGGGCCUCGGAAGCGUCAGCUUAGGCAUGCAAACCCAUCGCUUGCUCGAUGCCUUUGUUGACUACGAAAGCAGCGACAGCAGCACCAGUGAUAGCAGUGACGAAGCAGAAUUUCCGCCUUACGUGGAUGAGGAGGAGGCAGAGGAAGAUAUCAACCAGGAUGCCGAUUACGGAGCCCUGAGUCCUCGAUCUGGGCGGGCAGGUCCUUCCAAGGCAAAGCAGAAAGUUGACGAGGAGGUUGCUCCCGACCAGGCGAUUCCAUCCAUAGUGAUGACCACCGAGGAUGGGACGUCGCCGAAAAGCCAAUCAAGUGGAUCCCGGCCGAAGAUUACUCGCUCGCCGUCCAGCAGCCGAUUCAGCUCGUCGCCAAUCCCUGAAGCGCGUGUCAACACUGAAGAAGGCGGGGGACCGUCAAUCAUGUUCGCCCCUAGCUCAUCCCCGCCACGCAAAUCGAAUCGAGUUGACUCCAUCUACACACGACGUUCAUCGUCCGGACCAUCCGUCACAAAGUCUGCGUCUGGAUACCCACGGCAGGCGGCAGUUCCCUUGUCAUUCAAUGAUCUCCCCAGUCGGGCACAGCACUUAAUCUUGAAUGAACUGAUGAACCAGCACAGUAGCGACACGGCAGUUCUUUUUACCACGCUGCCGUCACCAUCCGAAGGCACCGCACAAAACGAGGCUGCAAGUGCCUCUUACCUGAGCGAUUUGGACAUUUUCUGGCAGGGGUUGCCGCCGUGUCUGCUGGUUCACAGCAACAGCAUGACGGUGACGAUGAACCUCUGACGGCAUGAAUAGAAGGGAAGCGUGCCAUACAUACGCCAAGCUUUAGAAUAUACGGCAAUAUGUAUAACUAUUGUCAAUUGUGAAUGUCAAUAAACACCUGAAGAUAGCCAAACGUUGCUCUGAACCUAC